AUGCGGGCUCUCUUGAUUAUUCUGGCAGUUCUGCCGGAAGUGGAAGCUGGAUUCUUCAGGAAUCUUCUAGAGGCGGUCAGACAGUUCGGAAGCGUUUUUUCGUACAGUAGGUGUUCCAGGAUUCGAGGGAGCAGACCGAUGUUUUCAAUCAAGCCAAAAAAGAAAUACAAGACAGGCGCGAAAAACUACGUGAGAAACUGAAAGUUGUAAGUUCUGCGUAUGAAAAAGUUAGGAGAAGACUGCCAAACCGUAAAAAUGAAAUGAUUUUCUAUAAAAAGUUAAACAUUUAAUAAUACUAGGGAUUUCACGGUGUCGAUCCAGAAGCUCGACGAAAGAGAUUGCAAGCUCUGCGAAACCGCACACGACAUAGAAUGGAACUCAACUGGACACCAGAAAAGCAAGCCGAAAUCGAAAUGCUCAGAGCCGUCGAGAAUCUUAUCGAACCCUCACCGCCAAAUUUGUUCAGAAAAUUCCAAAAGUAACCGUGGACCUGACGCCUAAUGGACAAGAAGACGACCUUUUCAAGUUGAAUGAAAAGAAAGGAGUCUCUGAGUACAUGUUCCAAGGAGACAUCAAUCUAGAAGAGUGAGAAAAAAAUAGACUUUCAAUUGAAGUUCUGAACAGGGAUCAAAUGUUGGUUAUGGAAGAGGCCGAGGAGUCAAACAGCUCAAGAUCGAAAAGACAAGUCUCUACCAGAGCACGCAAAUGGCCCAACGGCAUAGUUUAUUACCACAUCGACGCAUCUAUCAGUAAGGGAAUAAUCAACUCUUAUAAAUGUGAGGAACAUCCAGAUGCGCGAAAGAGAGCUUCAAUCUCUGCAGCUCUGGACUACAUCUCCUCAAGAACCUGCAUAAGCUUCAGACAGGAUUCGACGGCAGCCAACCGAGUCAAGGUCGUGAGCGGCGACGGCUGUUACAGCUACGUCGGCAUGACUGGAGGCGAGCAGAUUCUCUCGCUAGGAGACGGCUGCGAAGUGGUACCGGCAAAUACUCUCUUGACAAAUCGGAAUGAUCAAUCCCAGAUAGGAACAGUAGCUCAUGAGUUCGCACAUGCCCUCGGCGUUUGGCACACUCAGAUGCGUUUUGAUCGAGACACCUACGUCACCAUCGACCUUUCUUCUGUCGAUGUUUGUCCUUUUCUAUGUAUCAAAUCCGAAAAGAAAGGAAAUCGAAAUAACCGAUUUUCAUAUUCCCGAGUAUUCUUUUUUUCAACCUUGUUUCAAGUUUAACUUAAGACGAACCAACAAGGCAAUUUUGUGAAGAUGACCUCCUCCAACACUGUGAAUUAUGUACCAUAUGAAUACGGAAGCUUCAUGCACUACAGUGCAAACUCGUUAGUUCCUUGAGUGCACUUUAGAACAGGAAAGAGCAAAUCAGAUUCACGUCUUCUGGUGGCAAACCAUCUGUCGUUCCAAAAGAUGUCGCCUACAUUUUCACAAUGGGAAGCCGUCAAAUUUCAUUUUACGACAUUCAAAAUCUGAAUACAGCUUACUCGUGUCCUAAAUGUAAUGUGUCAUUUUUGUAUGGGCAAUUGAAAAAAUUCAGGUCCAAACAAGCUGAACUGUUCCAAUGGUGGGUAUCAGAAUCCCAAGGUCUGCAAUGAGUGUAUAUGUCCACUGGGUUACGCAGGAAUUUUUUGCCUUCAAAGAGUGAGUCUAAAAAUAUUCAAAAAAAGCAAGAUUAACAUUAAAACUGAUAGCCAACGGGAUGCGGAGAGUCUCUGAAUGCGUCGAAGACAUGGACGAGCAAGACCUUCAUUUUCGGAGACCCUACAAACUCAAGAAGUACUCGAGACGAUUUCACCUACUGCAAUCACCUCAUAAAUGUCCGUACAGAACAAAUUAAAAUGACCGAGAAAGUUUUGAAGGCUCCGACUGGAACAAAAGUCGAGGUCAAAAUCACUUCGAUGUAUAAUUCUCAGUGCAACUACGGUUGCGCUUUCAAUGGAAUCGAAAUUAAAACAAACAGCGACCAAAAAAUCGUCAAUCCGAGGUUCGCCAUCGCUAAACUAUGAAACUAACAAGCUCUGCAGGAUCUGUUGUCCGCAAUACAACAAUGUGAUCUUCCAAAGCGCGCUAAACCCAACUCCGAUAGUCUCCUACAAUCGAUUCUACUAUACUUCCUUCACUAUUGAAUUUCGCUACAUUUAG